AUGGAACGACCUGAAUUUGGGGACAUUCGAUCCCCCUCUCAUGACACUCUCCGCAAUGGUAUUCCCUCGCCGCGCAUCGAACACUUUGAUGGUGAAGUCCCUCCCGCUCUCUCUCCUCUUGAUGCAUUGGCUGCCCAGGGCCGCCUCCUGGCCAGACAACUCGAUGAGUCGAUGCGAAGGGACCGGCGCAUGAGCAGGUUACCUCCGUCCAGCGUCGCCCGCUCCCUAUCGCAACCCCGACCGGGCUACUUUCGAUCUCCGUCCUCGGGUGACUCGACCCGCAGUGGUAGAGCUGAAGGGCCGCCAACGCCAGGACCGGCACAGGAGCAAGGAAAAGGACAAGGACAUGAACAAGGAGGAGGCAUCCAGAGACGCCCUACGCAAAAGGGUAAUCCAGAAAUGGAGGAGCCCAAAUUUCGUCCGCAAUCCGAACACCCCCGCCUCAGUGCCAUCUCGGACGCAACUGCGACUCAAGAUGACCACUUCUAUGAUGAAGAUGCGACCCCGAGAAAUGAACGCCAAUCCAGACUGCACGACUUCAAUGUUCCGCGUGCCGAGUCACCAGAGGAGGAUCUAUCGAUGCGCGGCUCGACUUGUGAAGCCCCGCGUCGUUUCUAUGCUCCCGAUGACGGUCCCCGUCGUUUCUACGAAGCGUCUGCUGGCGUGUCGUUGAUUACACCGUCGAGAAAUUCUUCAGGCGAUUCUUCUCGACUGGCCAUCCCCCGGACCCUGGCACCUCCCGUGUCACCGUUAUCGCGGCCGUCGAGCAGCUCCCGCGUCAACCACCCGGAGAGUUCAGAUGAUGAUUACAGCAGUUCCAAUGCCGGUUCGACCUUUUCCCAACCGCGCAAGUUGUCUUCCAGCAGCGCCAUGUCGCUCCCAUAUUCACCCAUGUCUACCUCCAACAACCGUUCGCGUCGUUCGCCCUCCAUGAGCUCAGAGACGUCUGGCGGUCAACUCCCACGGCCCUCGUUCAACUUCUCUCGCCCGAUGAGCCGCUCCAGUACCAACCUCUCUUCGCCAACCCCGCUCGCGCCGCCGCAGGAACAGGAACCUGCGAACCAACCGGCUACGAUGGAUCGCCUAAACAAGCCCAGCCCUAUCGUCGUCCCAUCUGCUGAUAUGACACCUCGGCCAGGCGAAGACCCCACAUCCGCUAAUUCAUCCUACGUCUAUGCCAAGUACGCGCUGCCCCGGGGUCGUGAUGUGUCUCGAGACUCUGUUAUUUUCUCCAGUUUGCAGACACCGCAUUUCCAAUGGCAGGAGCCUCUCUUCGAGAGCCCCCCGCCCCCAAGUGCACCACCGGCGAGAAUUGCUCGAACUCCUUCGCCCGAAGCCGCGCGCCCUGUGUCAGUAUACUCUAACAAGGCAAGGUCUAUGUACGAAUGUCCGGCAUCGGACCGGGCAAUGCUGGCCGCAACUCCAUCGUCUCCUGCUCCAUCCAGCCCUGCAAACUCCCACAAAGGCAAGGAACGAGUCCGGCUCUCAGCGGACGUAGCCCGACAGCCAAGCCCUGCACGAUCCAAGAACGAGGAUAAGGAAGAAACAGCUUCAUCUACGGGCUCUGCAAGUACUCUGCGACCGCAGACGGCCCAGACGACCGGCUCCGGCAAUCAAACGACGGGCUCCACCAAAGCAAUUAGUGCAGAUGAGCAUGUGUCCAUGGGAAUUGACUGCCACGAAAAGGGCUCCCUGAAUGAAUCUACAUACCAUCUUCGGAUUGCCGCAAAGCAAGACCACCCGACUGGUAUGCUGCUCUACGCAUUGGCUUGCCGUCAUGGCUGGGGUAUGCGCCCCAACCAGCGGGAAGGUGUGCGAUGGCUGCGAAAGGCGGUCGAAGCUGUUGGUCCAGAGUUGCUGGACAACAACAACACGUCUGUUCCUUCCAAGGCCAAGGAGCUGCAGAAAGCCUAUCGAGCCCAGUUUGCGCUGAGUGUCUACGAGCUUGGAGUGAGCCAUCUCAAUGGCUGGGGUAUUGAACAGGACAAGGGGCUGGCUCUGCGCUGCUUUGAGAUUGCCAGUCAGUGGGGAGACGGCGAUGCAAUGGCCGAAGCGGGCUUUUGCUAUGCGGAGGGUGUCGGUUGUAAGAAGGAUCUUAAGAAAGCCGCCAAGUUUUAUCGCCAAGCCGAGGCGAAGGGGAUCAACGUGGUGGGCAAUAGCUGGAUCUACAAGGACAAGUACAUGUCCGACGACGAACGCAGCGGUCGUUCGCGUGGUCGAAAUGCUGGGUCGUCCGAGAAGAAGCCUCGCAGCAAAUCUCGUACUCGCAGUAUCUUCAAUCGAAAGAAGCCGGUUGCGGCCGAAGCUUGA